UGCAGCUGGACCCACAACACCACACACACACAACUCCUCAUCAUGGCAGAUGACUACGUGUGGUUUGAAGGGUUACCUUUCCCUGUUUUUGGUUUCAGCUCUGAAGGUAUAAAAGAAGCAUGUUCUACGUUUGAGAUAAAGGAUGAAGAUACAGUAAUGGUUUCUUAUCCUAAGUCAGGCACCAACUGGUUGGCGGAAAUUCUCUGCCUGAUUCACUCCAAAGGGGAUACCAAGUGGAUUCAGUCUGUGCCCAUCUGGGAUCGCUCACCCUGCUUAGAGACAGAUGUGGGUUACAAAUGUCUAAAUGAGAGUGAGGGCCCACGGCUCCUGAUGUCUCACCUUCCCAUCCAUCUCUUCCCCAAGUCUUUAUUCACUUCCAAGGCCAAGGUGCUGUAUAUCAUGAGAAACCCCAAAGAUGUUCUUGUGUCAGGUUAUUAUUUUUGGAGUACGUCAACACUUUCAAAGAAAAUCGAGUCACGGGAACAAUACUUUAAAUGGUUCAUCCAAGGAAACGUGCCCUAUGGAUCAUGGUUCGAGCACAUACGUGGCUGGAUGUCCAUGAGACACAGGAAGAACUUCCUGCUGCUGAGUUAUGAAGAGCUGCAGAAGGACCCAAGAAGCACCAUAGAGAAGAUCUGUCAGUUCCUGGGAAAGAAGCUCAAUCCAGAAGAACUGGAUUCAGUCCUCAAGAAUAGCUCCUUCCACGUCAUGAAACAAAACAAGAUGUCCAAUUAUAAAAUGUUGCCUGAAAUGUUAAUUAGUAAGCAUUUCUCAUUGACAAGGAAAGGCAUCUGUGGGGACUGGAAGAAUCACUUCACUGUGGCCCAAGCUGAAGCCUUUCAUAAAGUAUACCAAGAGAAGAUGGCAGAUCUUCCCAAAGACCUGUUCCCAUGGGAAUAAUGUCCAAGAGACUCUGGAUCUUCUAUGGAUGCUGAUAAUUGUUGUCCUGUCCUGGGAUGAGUACAGAACUGGGGAGUUCUAGAAUAAAACCCAUUUCUACAGGUAAAGGGAGGGAAGGACAGGAUGGCAUCAAGAACCAAUGAAAUAUAAACUAAAAGAGGAGCAAAAGGAAAUCUAGCUGAGUAGAGAAGGACAAUGGGAGAGGGAGGAGGCCCAGCAGGGAGGGGGGAGUGAGACCUGAAAUGCCUUUUCCUGCAGGGUUGAGUGUUUCUGGAUCUACUCAACUACUGUGCAUAGCAAAUCUAAAGCUCUGACACAAAAUUAAAAUCCUGCUUCUUCACUCUGGAGCCCUGAAUUAUA